AUUCCAAAGGUCAAUGACCUGCUGGGUACUUUUCUGACCUUGGCAGCUGUCCCAAGAUCUGUGUACGUCUCUGUCCGUAUUUAAGAAAACGUGAGCAAAGAAGUGACUUUAUCCAGUUUUAAGGCGGCACCAGGUAGUUAACAUUUGCAGAAUACAGUAACUAUCAAAAGAGGCACUAGUCAUCAUGGGGUCCAUUGUGGGAAAAGCCAUGGAUGACAACCUGGCCAAGAUGCAGGCCUUCCAGCUCAACACCAUGCAGAUGCAGUUGGAGCGUCAGCUUCAGAUGCAGAACCAGAUGCGAGAACGGAUGAUGGCCAUGCAGAUCAGCCGGGCCAGGGAGACGCUCAACUACUUCGGCGCAUUCUACGCUCUCGUCGCAGUUGGUGGGCUUGGAGCAACCUUGAAGAGGAAGACUCCAGCUCCCAUCCUCCCACUAGUCCCUCUAACCUUCAUCCUGGCCUACCAGUAUGACAUGGCAUAUGGAACCAUGAUACAGCGCAUGAGAGAGGGUUCGGAGCACAUCAUCUCAGAUGAAUAUAACCUGCUGAACCUGCCUGCCGGUCUGCCCACUUUUGAGACCAUCGAGGCAGCCAGGCUCAAGCAGAAGGGAGAGUAGUCAGGCAGCUGGCAGCAAUGGUGCAAUAUUUGUACAGUACUUAGGACACGAGUAAAGAGGGGGCUUUAGAAUUUGAAAUUUUGAGAUACAACAUGGAAAAAAGAUUGUCUUAAGUUAAGUGUGAGUCUUCUUGAGGUUGAGGGUGUCAAUCUCUGAUCAUGUUCCUUAAGAUUUCUACCACAUUUUUGGAUAAGACAGUCAUAUUAACUAGGCAUAAAAAACAGUCAUAUUAACUAGGCUUCCAUUUUCAUACCUCACUGAACAUCAGGGAUAAUUUUUGGAACAAGAGGAGGGUUAUACAAACAAUAGUGUAUUCAGUAUAUCUUCCAUAAUCCAAGAAGAUGUUACAUAGUACAAAUUCAUAUUAUUUUCUAAGAAAAAGUAAAUGACGACAAACCU